AUUCGCGAAAACUCGAAACAGUGGAAACGAUUUUGUCUGACAGUUUAAAAAAAUUACAAGUCGUAGCAUAUUAUGCUUUUAUUCGUACCAUUAAAUUGCAUCAAAGUUCAUGUUCAUGUAACACUGAGAAAUUGGCUUUGAUUUUUCAAGUACCGUGCGAUUCAAAUGACAACAUUUUCGGCGAUCGGCUUAACUGAGAGCCGUCCACAUCAUUGCCUAAUGCUGCUCUUACCGAUCGACCGAUUGUUAUGUACCGACCGAUUCCCGAUGCUCUUUUGUCAAUCCGAGGAUCGGUGUAGGCUGUAGGCCAUUUUAUCAGUGUGCUCUGCGUGUUUAGUAAGAAAAGUAUUCACAUUCCUCGUAACUAGCGCUGCAGUAGUAGAGCCUGUUACUUUUGAUUUGUGAAUCAACAGGGAUGCGCUCCACAGGUAGUUCUCAAGUGAUUUCUUUUUCGAUUUUCAUUAUUCGGCCGCUAUCGUAGGAAAAUAAAUUACCCGUCAAACACACUGGAAACAAUUAACAAUCGAAAAAUGUGAAAACAAUCGCGCUGAGUUGAAGUUUAAUAUGAAAUAGAUGUGAGCAUAGAGAUAACUGGAAAUCAGGACGAAGAUAGAAGAAGAAAUUCCACGCAUUCCAAAGCUGGACCAGGUUAACCAUCUACCACAUUAAAAAUGAUAUUUUUCCGCUCAGUUGCAAAUGAUACUUGAAGAACAUGCCAAUGAAUAGUCAAGAAAUUGAAUCGUGAAAGAGGUACCGAGGGUUACAAAUGGGCAGGGAAGGCCGAUUAUGGCCCAGCAGCAGCAACAACAUCAGCACGAGUUUUUGCCACUAUGUGACGUGCUGUUUAACAUAAUCUCACUGGCCUCUUACUUCUGUGAUGUUGUCUUUGACCUAGCAAUGGGCUAUGCUUUGGCCCAUCACGCUGCUGCACCAGACUGUUUUUUUCCUCUCAGUAUUACUUUUGUCAUUACAUCACUUGUUGUGUCUCAGAUUAUUAGUAUUCGAUGGUACCUUUGGGGUGCUCGAGGUAAGCUAACUGCUGCCAGUACUGGGACCCCUGACGAUCAUGGUAUUCAGAAGAAAGGUGGUUUGAUAGUUGGCUGUGUUUUGGUAUUACAUUCUAUGCAAGUCGGAGUCCUUUGGCGCUACUUCAAGCUUUUUAUUCCAGUCGAUCUCGUAUACGUCAAGCAUGAGGUUCGGGAGCUCUGUGUACUACGUCUGAUCCAUGCGUUCUGCGAGGCAGCGCCAAUGCUGUUGUUACAAUUGUAUCUACUAUCGACAGGAAUAACUGGAGAAAAUGAUGCAAAAGAAGAAGAGGAAGAAGAAAACGGGGGAAAAUUGGCUAAACUAACAGCAGUCUCAGCAGGAAUGUCUUUGUGGAGUGUUUGUUGGGCAGUUGCUAGUUUCAGUAAAGGGGCAGCCCGCUUACGGAACUUGGAACGACUUGUACUUACAUGGCUGGGGGUUUUAGCACAGUUAGCCUGGCGGCUUGGAACUGUUAGUGCACGUGUCGGAGCACUUGUCGCAUAUGCAUCGCUUUACGGAGGACAGUGGCUCUUGGUUGUUCUUGCCCUUCAUUGGUUGUCAAUGCUCACUUGGUUGCUGCUUACUCCUGACGGUCUGUUUCAUGGUGGAGAGCGUUUGCCGCUACCACGAAAAGCCUUUCUCGCUACCCUACUAGCAUUUGUAUAUGUUUUUGCCUAUGUCAACCUGCACGAAACAAAUCACCGACAAAAAAUGGGGAUAUUUUACACGGUUAUGUUCUUGGAAAACAGCCUACUGGUAGGGGUAUGGGCUACCGGUUUCCAUCGAAGUAGUCUUCACCCCAAUCCGAUUACCUUGGCCUUCACACUUUUUGCUCUCUUUUUUGGAGGUCUCUUUUUUAUGGCGCUCUAUUACAGGUUUUUUCAUGUACGCAGACUGAGGUAUGAGGCUGGGGGCCGCAUGAAUUCAACAAAUGGUAUGGCCACUUUUUGCAAGCAGGAAGAUAAUGAUGGAAAACAGAUGAAUUUCUUGGAAGAAAAAACAAAUGGCAUUGAAAUAGGGAUGAGAGGAGUGAAAUUGAGCAACGGUGGAAUUCCGGGAGUAUUCAAUUGCCGUUUUGCAAAUCCCACUGUGUCUAAUCUAAAUCGAAAAAAAAAAAAACCAACUUCUUUUGUGCCUCCGCCACAACCAUUGUCUUUGUUGACAAACGGUAUGGGUGAGCCAUGUCCUAGGAUAAAUAGUAAUGCCGGACCUCGGCAAUCAAUUCCUUUUUGGAGACGACCGCUGACCAUAGCUGUAACGCAGACACACAAUGACCAGGACUGGCCAGCUAUUGACACAUAUGACAUAGAUGCUGGUGUCAGUUUAGGAGGAUCAGUGAGCGCGAAUGACAUCAAAGAGAAAUUGCAGGAAAAGAAGCAACAACAGCUACGGGAAUUGAGAGCGAUUCAGGAAGAGAUUAAAUCAGGAAAGCUGGUACCACCGCCGUCAGCUUCAGCAUCUACAUCUGCGUCAUCUCCUUUAGCAACAAAUCAACAACCACCGCCAAAUGCUAAGCUGCACUCAUCUACCAGACCUCCUUCAUCAAAAUCCCCAUCUGACAUGAAUGAAAGCAUGACGCUAUCCUCUUGGCCACCGAUCAAAAUGGAUUGCCUCUCACUUCCUCUGCCAGCCGCAUCUAUAUAUUAUCCGCCCAAUCCCUGGAAAGCUUCACAACGAGAGAGAGCUGUUACCCCAGAGAUUUUACUCGCUCCUCAAUGCCUACCAUGUUAUCCGCAUUGGACACCACCAGGACAUCUUAGUCUCAGGUUGGGUUCGAAUCAGAACGAAGAGGAUAAAACUUGUAAUGAAAAUGGCGAGUUUUCUAUUGAGAGUAAAUGUGACAGUGAUGUGGAAGGCAGUCAGGUAUCGCUGCCAAGAAGUUACACACUUCCUAAGGAAUUUAAGUAUAGUAAUGGGCUCGGUAUUGUCAAGGCUCGAGGACAGCGAGAGUACAGAGGAAGCAACAAGCCACCGCCAUCUCGUUAUUAUCUUCCCUCGACCAACAGCUCAGACGAUGGCGACGUGGAUAGCGCGGAUAAUGAAGAAGAAACAGACUCUGAGUUGCGAAUACAUAGUAAUAACAAUCAUGCUCACAACAAUAAUCAUCAACUACGUUUUCAGUCUAAUAGAAACAAUACCGUGGAACCCCCGACUUCAGUUCCUGCGAUUACUUUAACAAGUUCUUGUUAUUUGAGCAGCACAUACGGUGCCCUUAGACCAAAUCAACUACUCAGAGCGAAAGUUAAGCACGAAACUAAGUUGUAAAUUAUAGAAUUUUACAAAAUAUUUAAAUAAUAUUAUAUAUACAAGACAGGCACCAAUCGGUGUUAACAAAUAUCGUAACCCAGUGUCUUACUAACAAUAAAACUGAUGAGCGGGCAUGACUGUUAAUUACAGAAUCAUCAGAACGAUCAAUCUCUUUCAAUAGUAAUACGGAGUUGAAUUUUUAACGAUACUUUUUUGCACAAUGAGUUCACAGAGUGUGUAUUAAGAAAAACUCUCUAGAUAUUCUUGAUUUAAAUAUCUGCCCUGGCUGGAAUACAUUUCGUGGAGAUGAAAAAAUCUCCGAUUGAUUUGACCAAGCCUGGAAUUGGAGAUCCGACGUUCCACAGAGCAGGUUUGGAAUGAUGGUCUGUUGGUAGUUCACUUCAUAAAAUUCCAUUUUUAAUACCCUACCUUUCAGGAGUUAUGGUAAAAAAAUUUAUUUUCGUGAAAUUGUUUUGUAAAAACCAUCGUUUUUGGUGUGCAAGUGUCUGUUUGAAUGUUUACAAAUUAUAAUACAUCAAAUACUUGUGACUCCAUUUAUCUUAUCUCUUUGAGUGUACUGACCAAAAAUUUCAUUUUAAGGCUGGUAUAAAACAUUGGCCUGUAUCGAAAUUCAAAAACAAUCUAGUUUCAUUUGGUUUUCUUUCGCUUUAAUUUCGCUUACCCAAAAAACAUCUUACCAAUCUUAUUUUUCUAGAUAACAUUUUUUUCAUAUUAUGUACUUUAACAUUCUAUUAUUUAAUUAAAGAAAUACGCAUAAAUGCGUAUCUUUGUAAAUAUAUUCUACUUAUUAGUUAGUAUCUGAGUAAGAAAAUGAUUUCAGUUGUACAUUUAUAAUGACUGUAAGUCUUACGAUUAGCAGUGAAAAAGUAAAAAGAACAACGACUAUGUUGGCCGUUACCUAAUGAUUGUAUAUAUAUUUCAAGUUAAAGAUAGGAGAAAAGAAGUGGCAUCGAUGCGGGAUUCACUUGAGAGAGAUAAUCUCAUUGAUGCGCCUUUAUCCGGCCCGUGCAUUGUAGGUGCAGAUAAAUGAAGGUCGAUUGUAUUUUUCUUUUAUGACGAACGUUACCGCUUGAAAGGCAUAGGAUUGAAUCUAACACAUGCAGAGCAAUCACGCGGAAUUCAGUGGCUCGAUCGAGGCCUCAGAAUCGAUAAGAUCGAUCCGAAUUCAUUCUCUUUGUACAGGAGCUCAAGUAAAACGUCACGUGUAAUUUAGUAGGAGAUGGAAAACGUCGAUAGGGUAGAUAUCUUCCCAUCUGCUUACACACAUAUAGCUAAGUUCUCCCUGGUUGCGGUGUGGAAUCGCUACACACGCUCCGACCAUUGACUACUGAAUAUUGACUAUUGGUUAGAAUCCGGCUCGAGACCAAUCUUGGGGUGCAGGGCUUAAACGAGAUUUAUAGGCAAUCGGGUGAGGACAUCCCACUCGCCUUUGUCAGGAGCACGAGACCAUUGUGCCUAACAUUAGAAUUUUACACGUCCUCAAAGACUUUCACGUGAUGCUAAUAAUAAUGCUUUAUAUUUUAUUUUUUUAGAAUUUUUUUAGUAACUUAUCAAUGCACUUCGUGACGAUCAUAUUAUUAUACAAUUACAACAGUAAUGCUUUACGGCAUUCCUUGCCUUAUAUUGACCCAAUAUAAUAUUAUUAUUUUCCUACAUGGUACUACAUUUCCGUAUUGUUUUUUUCAGGCAUUCCUGACUUGCAUAUAAUUUUUUGUUUUCACACAAAUUUCCGACGGUUAUCGACAAGAAGUCUCUCGGAAAAUUGAUACCAUGAAACAAGAGCUCUAGAAUGAAGGAAAACUGCGGUAGACGAAUUCCAAGUGAAGAUACAUUAUAUGAAUUACGAAUGAAAGUUCGGUGAGUCGUGCUUUUACUAGUGGAUCGAAAAGUAGACCAUAAAAAGUAGAAAUUGAUUGUCACGAUUUCUCGAAUACGUGAUUGAAAGAAUUUUACGACAUUAUCUUCCAUCGACUAAAUCGCUGGCUAUUUAUCAGGACACAAGUUGAAGGAAUACCGUUUCCAUUAGUAAUCUUUUUUUUUCCUCUUCGCAGUCUUAGCUCUAAACGUUUUACAUGUUAACAAAUGAUUCAAUCCCAUUUACGCUAGUUUUCACUGUUUGCGGACAGAUCAUUCAUACACAAUAUACCUGCUUACGUAAUAUCCAAAAAGUACUCACUUUAAAGGAAUGUGCAUACAUUGUUUUUACAUUAUUUCCUAGAUCUUUUUUGUGCCCGUUGAUUGUUAGGUAAAUAUAACCAAACGUACCAGAUUAUUGGCCAAAGAUUACGGCCAUAAACUACGAUGUAAAAGCCCAAGGUGACUUUAUGGCUUUUUAUCAUCCGCCAGUCAACCGCAGCGACAAAUUUACCGUCUGUUAUUUUCAUUUUCAUUUUUUGCCAUCGCAUGCACAUUUUAGUUUUUGUAUGUUUACGAAAUUGAUUUUAGUCUGACGAGUAUAAUAUGUUGGGUAUAAUUGUAACCGUGUGUAACAUCAUCUAACGAUGUGUAUUACGUAACGUAUUAACUUCUGACUUGUCAUAUAGUGUGUCUAAUGCAGUGGCAAUGCAAUCCUUCUAUAUUUUUAGACGGAUUUCAUUUUGGCCUACGCGUAACGCAAUUCAUGGAGAAAUAAUCGAUCCCUGCCGAGGGUAGUCAGUCAUGCUGCAGUUAUCUCGCAUUUUU